GGACUAUAUAACUCCAUCACGCCUUGUGCGUUGCUCCAUUACCGAGCAUAUUUACUUCUUCUCCUCCUCUCAUCCUUUGGUGUCUUUUGCACUUUAUCGCACCCACGUCUAGGCACAUCCUCAUCCUAGAGUUGCGCGACCCGUUCCUCGUCCGUUAUAUUCGAUCAACUGCGCUAGACCAUCAACAUGGUCGACUCUUAGCACUGUGCCUGGACGCCAGGCCCAGUACAUCCCUCUCUCUCGCUCUCUGCGCCGUUCCGCCUUCAGAACGACUACGAUGCCCUUCAGCACAGUGUCUCGUAAGCUGGACAGAGCUGCCCGAAUCAUUCUCGUUGGAGCUCCGGGUGUGGGAAAAGGAACACAAUCUGAAAGAUUAAUUGCGAGGUUUCCACAACUCUGCUCUAUUGCAACAGGGGACCUCUUGCGCGAUAACGUCAGGAACAAAAGCAAUCUAGGACUUCAAGCAGAAGGCUACAUGAAAGAUGGCGGCCUUGUUCCCGAUCCUCUCAUCCUCAACCUCAUUCUAACCGAGCUCACCUCGAGGAAAUGGUUGGAAACAUCGGACACCAACGACAAUAUCAUUGCGGCGCUAGGGCGAGGGAAUGGGUCGGCAUCGUCGGUGGUGAAGGCCUCCAAUGCGCCCGAGACUUCCUUUAUCCUGGACGGCUUUCCACGCACCGCAAGUCAAGCGAAAGCUCUGUCCUACCUCUUGCCUAUAAAUCUGGUCUUCCAACUAGUGACUCCGGCUGAUAUAAUCCUAUCUCGAAUGGCAAAUAGGUGGACACAUCUAGCAUCGGGCAGAGUGUACAACGUGGGCUUCAACGACCCGAAAGUGCCAGGCAUCGACGACGUCACUGGCGAACCUCUUAUACAGAGGGAUGAUGACAGUGAAGCCACAUGGAAAAAGCGACUGGCCAAGUUCGACCAGACAAGCCAGAGUCUACUCGACUUUUAUCGACAGCAGGACCCGAAUUUGGUCGUCACGGUAAAAGGGAAUAGCAGCGAUGAGAUUUCCCCUCAGAUUUUCGCAGAGGUAGAGAAUAGAUUUUGUACAUGAAAUCACGAAGUUGCUUUUAUAGAA